AUGACUCCUUAUGGCAAGAUAGGUAUACGUAAAAUGCCGGUACGUUUAGUGCUAAGAUAAUAAAAUAAUUAUAUUCUUCGCGAUAUGAUUGAUGUCUUUAUGUGUGUAGAUGAAUCCGCAACACACGGUACCUACAAUUGACGAUAACGGUUUAAUCAUGUGGGAAAGGUAAAAUUUAUAUAAACUUUGAUAUUUAAAUAGCAUUUUCUUUUGUUUCCUUUCUCAAUAACUUGCUAUUAUACGUGCUUAAAUGUUUUCAGAUUCGUGAUAACGAAAUUUGAUGAAUAGAAUUUUCGUAAGAAAUAAAUAAAAGAAAAGAUUCUUGUUCGAAUUAUAUUAUUAUUCCGAUACGAUUUUAUAAUGCUGUGUUGUAACUGUGACACAAGGACAAGAGAACAGAUUUCCUUUAAAGGGUUUCCAACACUUACUUUACAUUUAUUCUACACGUGUACAAAACACACACAAUAAGACUAACAGGAUCGAAGAAUAAAAACAUCAUGUGUGUUUCAGUCGAGCUAUUAUAACAUACUUGGCAAAUCAAUACGGCAAGGACGACUCAUUAUAUCCAAAGGAUCCGAAGAAACGUGCGCUCGUUGAUCAGAGAUUAUAUUUCGAUGCAUGCACGCUGUACAAAGCUUGCUUAGAUUAUUACUACCCUAUAGUCUUCUAUAAGGCCCCCAGAGAUCCAACGAAAUAUGUAGCCAUUGGCACGGCUUUGUCGUUCCUCGAAAAAUUCCUCGAAGGACAAGACUACGUGGCGGGGAAAACCAUGACUCUGGCUGAUCUAGCAAUUGUCGUCACUAUUUCCACAUUGGAGAUCUUGGGCUACAACCUCGGCAAAUAUAAGAACGUGACGAGAUGGUUCGCGAGGAUCAGGUCAGAAGCUCCAAACUAUGAAGACAAUGAUGCUGGCGCAAAGGCUCGGGCCAUCAUGUCAUAUUUAGCUGAUCAAUAUAGUAAAAACGUUCAUUUAAAUCCACAAACACCGAGUGGCCGAGCCUUGGUCAAUCAUCGAUUACAUUUUGACAUUGGUACUUUGUACAAAGGCAUGAAAAACUGUUACUAUCCGGUUGUGUUUGGAGGAGCAGAGAAUUACAAUCCAGAAGACUACAAAGUACUGGAAAGCGCGUUUGAUAUACUCGACAAAUUUCUAGAUGGGCAAGAUUACGUCGCUGGACGCAAUUUGACCAUUGCUGAUCUGGCAAUAGCAGCCACUGUAUCAACAUCAGAGGUUUUCGGUUUCGAAGUCGAGAAAUACACAAAUGUUGCUAAAUGGAUGGAUAAAAUAAAAUCAUCCGCGCCAGGUUAUCGUAAAGCCAAUGGCGAAGGGCUAGAAAUAUUGAAGAAAUUGGCCGAUAAUUCAAAAACAGAAUAA